UGGAGGCGGCCAUUAAACAUAAAGCCUCGGCCGACGACGGGGUUUUUCCCCCCCACCUCCUCCCAUCCGCAAUCGUCGGCCUUUAUUUCGUUUUAACAAUUCUAUACAACGAAGAGGGGAGGGCGGCGUCUGCCUGUCAUCCCUGGAAAACUCGGGCAAGGAUCGCGGUGAUCGGAGUCGAGGACUUUUUUUUGGGGAAAAUUAAAAUAUUUCCGGCGCGAGUUGCGCAAGGCGCCAAAUUAAGUGGUCGAGUCCGGCGAGGCUCCGCGCAGGCGCGUUCGCAGGCAGUCAGAGGUCGGUGAAGAUGGCGUCGACGGAUUACAGUACCUACACUCAAGCUGCAGCUCAGCAAGGGUAUGGAAGCUAUGCUGCGCAGCCUGCUCAAGCAUAUGGACAGACAACCCAAGCAUAUGCGCAGCCGAGUUAUGGAACUUAUACCCAACCCACUGAUACAACAUAUACUCAAGCGCAAACGACUGCAGCUUAUGGACAGACAGCAUAUGCUACUGCAUAUGGGCAGCCUCAAACUGGUUAUAGUGCACCAAUUGCCCCCCAGGCUUAUAGCCAACCCGUGCAGGCUUACAGCACAACUGGAUAUGAGAGUGCCGCCACUCCUCAAGCUACGUACGGGCAGCAACCGACCUACGGUCAGCAACCUACUUAUGCUGCAUAUGGGCAGCACACAGCUACAACUGUUGCACCUACCAGAGCACAAGACACGACGAAGCAGGAUGACUAUAGCCAACCAAGUACUGGAUAUGCCCAGUCCAGUUUGGGAUACAGCCAAACAAAUUAUGGCUAUCCUCAAAUGAGUGUCCAUGGUGGUUACCCUCUUCAGCCUCCUAGUGCUCCUCCAUCUUUUCCUCCUACAAGUUACAGUAGCACUACUCAACCAACUGGUUAUGAUCAGAGUACCUACAGCCAACAGCCAAGUUAUGGACAACAGGGAAGCAGUUAUGCACCACCACCACCACCAACUGGAAGCUACACCCAGCAGCAACCACCUUCUGGAUUUGGUCAGCAAUCUAGCUAUGGACAGCAGACUGAUUACAGCCAACAAAGCCAGUACAGUACUUACAGGCAGGAGCAGCCAUCCACUAAUAGCAUGAGUGGGUAUGGACAAGACCAGAGUAGCUAUGGAGCACCAACCAGUAGCUCUGACAACCGGAGUAGAAGUCGUGGGAGCUAUGAUCAAGGAAGUAGAGGAAGUAGUUACAGUAGAGGCGGUCGGAGUGGACGAGGCGCAAUGGGCGGUGUCGACCGGGGUGGCUUCAGUAAGCCUGGUGUAACAGCUGUAGAAGAAACUCCAGAGCCUGAACCAGUAGCAGCUGCUGAACCACCACCACCACCACCGGCUCCGGCUCCAGUUCUGACUCCAACCCCAACCCCAACUCCAACUCCAGCCCCACAGGAAGAUGUGGAGAAUGAUACUAUAUAUGUGCAAGGCUUGGGUGAAAAUAUAACUCCAGAAAGGCUUCUGGAUUUCUUCAAGCAAACUGGUGCUAUAAAGAUCAACAAGCGAACUGGGCAGCCUAUGAUCAACAUCUACAUUGAUAAGGAAACUGGAAAACCUAAGGGUGAAGCCACUGUGUCCUAUGAUGAUCCUCCUUCUGCGAAGGCUGCUCUAGAAUGGUUUGAUGGCAAAGAGUUUGAUACAAACCCAAUCAAGGUUGCUAUGGCAAGAAAGAAGCAGCAGCCGCAGCCUCAACCACAACUGCAACAACCACCACCACCAUUGCAAUUUAAUAAUAUGCGAAGUGGAGUCCCUCUCCGCGAUGGAAGAGGUGGUGGACUCCCUGGUCGAGGAGGUGAGAAUCUGCAUUAUAGACCAGGACCCAUGGGACGUGGCGGGGGAGGAUUUGGUGGGCGAGGUGGUCCGCGUGGUCGUGGUGGACCUUCUGGAGGAAAUACGCAGCAAAGAGCUGGUGACUGGCGUUGCCCUAAUCCGACAUGUGGGAACUCCAACUUUGCCUGGAGGACUGAGUGUAACCAGUGUAAAGCCCCAAAACCAGACGGUCCCCUCCCACCACCAUUUCCUUCUGGUGACCGUGGGAGGGGUGGCCCUAUGAUGAGAGGUGGCCGCCUUAUGGAUCGUGGUGGCUUCCGUGGUGGACGUGGUGGUGACAGAGGUGGUUUCCGAGGUGGGCGUGGUGGUGACCGAGGUGGCUUUAGAGGUGGAAGAGGCAUGCUUGGUGGCCCUCCUAUGGGAGAGCUAAUGGGUUUCAGAGGUGGCAGAGGUGGACCAGGAAAAAUGGAUAGAAAGGGUGACCGUCGCCAGGACCGUCGGGAGAGACCAUAUUGAAGUAGAUGAUCCAUCUGGUUUUCUGUUUACUACAACAAAUAUUUUUUAAAAAUGUUUUAAAUUUGUAAUUCCGUAUUUAUAAUGUUGUUUGCAACAACAUUACGGCAAUAUUUCGGUAUUGUAUUAGUUUUUCAGUGGAUAUAGCCAAGUCAGGAAGUAAAUUUCAUGUUAGGGUGACUUUUCGCUUAAUUUUUACUUUUGUCAAGGUGAAUGUAAUGAUGUGAACGAGAUCCUGAAGAGCAUGCAAAACAAAAAUGUACAGUGCAUAGCUUUUUGUUCUGUUUAUACUAUGGUGAUACUGCAAUAAAAAGCUGAGUCGCUCUGUUUAGUGUGGCUUCCUGAAGUUCUGCUCCAAGUAACUUGAAAUAGUGUUCCAUAGUGAUGGAAGUAAGUCCACAAAUUGCAAAGUUUUUUUUUGAAAUAACACUGAACUGAGCUUCUGCGGCUUAAUUAAAAAGUUCAACAGCUAUUUAAAAAAAAUUGUUGCGUGAGUCUCUUUACAAAUUUUAAGUGUGCAGUUAUUACUAUAGAAAAUCCAAAAGUACACUGGAUAAUUCUAAAUAUCCCUGACCACCUCAAUUAGCAACUUUGUAUAUUUGAAAAACUUAGCAGGAUAAAUGAAAUGCUUAGGGUUGAUUUUUAAUGCAUGAUGUGAAAGCAUUUAUGAUUUCACUUGUGAAGUACCCAGAUCUGUAGGUCACUUAAGUAUAAUCACUAGUUUUUCAGUGAUUAACAUAACAUUGUAGCCAUGUAAAUUUGUCACCCAAUGCUGCUUUUCAGAGGUCAGUCUUCUGACCCCAGGUAUUCUGUACACUUGACCUGUGAAAACUAGUAAUGGUGUUGAGCAUUUAGGUUUACUUUGACCCGAGUAUUGAUGUGGGCAUAUUCUGACACGUUACAAAUUGUGCUCUAUCUUUUAAAUCUAAUGAUAUCAAUUUUUAGUUUCUUUAUCUGAAAUAUUAACUUCUCAGUAGUGAGAUAUGGACUGGUAACCUGUCAUUUCAAUAAGUAUUUGACAUUCCAGUACUUGAUUACUGUUGCAGAAUUAACUAUGGAUUCACUCGUCAGAAAUGGUGCACAUCAACCAUUGGUUACAAGUCACUAUUUGAAACUGCUUGCCGUAGCGGAUACUCUUUAAAAUAAUAUCUGAAAAUAAUUUGUUAUGGUAAACGGCCUAUUGGAACAUUAUUUUUAAGAUUGAACUUCAUAGGUGUACUGUUUAAAUUCUCCUUUUUCAACAAUUUGUUGAAUAUUGCUUAAUAGCCUAUGAAAUUUAUGGUUACAUUUGCAGAAUGUUGUAUAAUAAAGGUGAUGUGCAUUAUGGUUGUGAAUAAUGCUUGCCACGCAUAGUCUAGGCACACAGUAUAUAAAGUUGACUGUCUGGAUCCAUUUCCAAAAUCCCCUACACUCACUCACCAUUAGAGUUCUGUAUUGCUGUUAUUUUUCUAAGUGAUUAAACUUGAUUAAUAAAGUUUUUCUUUAUUGGC